ACUUGGCAUCAACCUACAUCCUCAUCACCAACUUGUAAAAAUCUUGAGAGUAUAGCAGAGAUGGGAAGCCAAGAAGGAUCAUCUGCCUCCCAACUUCAUGUAGUCAUGUUUCCAUGGUUUGCGUUUGGUCACAUAACACCAUUUGUUCAGCUUUCUAAUAAGCUUGCUUCUCAUGGAGUUCAAAUCUCUUUCUUGUCUGCACCAGGAAACAUCCAGAGAAUCUCAUUAUCUCUCAAUUCUUCACCUCUUAUCAAAAUUAUACCUGUUCAUAUCCCACCAGUUGAGGGUCUUCCACCAGGUCUUGACAGUACUUCAGAUAUGUCACCGGCUUUGGCCGAUCUCCUCAAAAUUGCAGCUGAUAAAAUGCAACCUCAAAUCAAAUCCAUUCUCAUUGAUCUCAAACCCCAUAUCAUCUUUAUUGAUUUUGAGCAACACUGGAUUCCCUCCACUGCUUCUUCACUGGGUAUCAAAACAUUCAAUUUCUCCGUUUUCGCGGCUGCUUGUGAAGCUUAUGUAACAAAUCCAUACCGGGAAUCACCAACUAUUGAUGAUUUAAAGAAGCCUCCACCAGGGUUUCCCACAACUUCAAUAUCAUCAUUGAGUACUUACCAAGCUCGUGAUUUCUUGUAUCCUUUCAUGAGCUUUAAUGGAGGUCCUAGUGUGCAACAACGAGUGCAAACGACGAGGAAGUCGUGUGACGCCAUUGUCAUGAAGAGUUGUCAUGAAAUGGAAGGUCCUUACAUAGAUUAUAUCAGGCAACAUUACGGUAAACCUGUACUGCUAACAGGCCCUAUAGUUCCUGACGCACCAAAAUACAAGUUGGAAGAAAAAUGGGAAAACUGGCUGCAGAAAUUUCCAGCCAAAUCUGUUUUGUUCUGUUCAUUUGGCAGCGAAACGUUUCUGACAGACGAACAGAUUAAGGAACUACUUCUAGGAUUAGAGCAAACUGGUCUUCCAUUCUUUGUGGUAUUGAAUUUCCCAUCUGGUGAUGGAGAUAGUAAUGAAAAGUUGAAAAAUGCAUUACCAGUUGGUUUUGCAGAGAGGGUGCAGGGUAAAGGAGUGGUGCACACGGGAUGGGUUCAGCAACAAGCGAUUCUAGCACAUGACAGUGUUGGGUGUUAUGUUAAUCAUUCAGGUUUAAGCUCUGUGAUUGAAGCAUUCAUCAAUGAUUGUCAAUUAGUUAUGUUGCCACAAAAAGGUGAUCAAUUUUUGAAUUCCAUGUUAAUCAGUGGAGAUUUGAAAGCCGGGGUGCAAGUUAUUAGAGACGACGAAGAUGGGCAUUUUAACAAAGAAGAUUUGUGUAAAGCUGUUAAGAUGGUAACUGUGGAUGUGAAUGAAGAGCCAGGGAAGUCCAUUAGUGCUAAUCAUGGGAAAUGGAGAGAUUUUCUGCUUAAUAAAGAUAUCCAAGAUGGCUUUAUCACCAACUUGGUUGAAGAGAUGAAAAAAAUGGUUAACUAAAUCAAUGAUUUUUAGUUCAAUUUGCAUCUGCCCAUAUCUAAUCCUUUCUUUAGGUUUAUUUAUUUUUUCCAAUUAGGAUUGUCAGAUAAGUGUUAUUCUUUUUAUAGUUUGUAUGAAGGGAACCUCAACCUUACAUAAAGGAUGUAUUUGUAAUCGUUUGAGCAUAAAAUGAAUAUGAAUGUUCUAGAGAUUUUUACCGAUAAAAAAAAAAAUGUUCUAGA